CUCUGGAAGAACAUCUAGCUGACACAGCAGCCGUCCCACUUGACUUGUACUCUUUGAAGGCUGCCUGAAGACAGCUUCAGGGGUCCCCACUGCCUGUGUUGGUCCACAGGGUGGGUAUCACAAUGCCUACCUACCCAUGGUCAUAGCUCCCCCAGCCCUAGAGAUGCCAGGCCCAGGACCCAGGCUCCACAGCUCUGAGAGGCUCCUGGCACAAGGGCAAACCUUUGCCUCAUUCCCAGUCCCUGCAUUACCCACUACUCCACCAGUUCAUCACUUGUACAGAUUUCUUUUCCGUGCUCCUACUCAUUUCUGCCUAGCUGUGUUCAACAAAAGAUUCCUACACCCGGGUAUCUAGAAAUUUCUCAGGUCUUAAAGAGUUUAUUUCAGAAUGUGCUUCAGAGUUCUGGUAGGCCCACAGAACAAGCCCGGAGUCAUGAGAGGGCACAGACAAGGGGAUUGAUGGGGGAAUUUAGGGUGUCCCUGUGUUCAUUCAGCAAAUAUCCCCUGCCAUCUGGGCAGGGCUGGAGAUAUAGAGAUGAAUACCAUCGGACCUCCUAGGAUUCUUUGCAGAAUCUCCCCUACUCCAAAUGGAAACCCAAGCCUUCCAGGAAUGGGGUUUUGCCAGAGGGGUUAAGAGUUUUUCAGACAACACAGGCUUUAGUCAGGAUCUGAGCUGGAACAGAACCUGGGACAGCUGCAGAGAGAUGGCUCUGUGAGUUUAGGACCUCCUGGUAGGCAUGGUAGAGCUAUUCGAAAGUUUUCGGCAGGGACAUGGUAGGAAUUUGCCGUGUGUUUUAGGAAGGGCAGUCUGGUAGCUGUGUGAAGGGACAGUAGCAGUGAGCCUGGAAGCAGAGUAGUAAGGACGCUGCUGUAAAAAUCCAAGCAGGAGGAGGUUCGGUAACCCCUUCCCGCAGAGGCGCAGCUUCCCAAAGAUGAAAGUCUUUGAGGCAGAUGUCACCUCCCUGGACCUUGGUUUACUUCCAGCAUGACGGGCUGGGACACUGCUGGCUGCACCACGCAGUUGGCACGACCCGUGGAGCCCAGCCAGGAGCCACCGUCGCCACCAACCCAGCCCUAGUCCAGGCCGGUGGUAGUCGCUGGGCAAGCUGCUCUGAGUGUACUUGGCCCCGCCCAGGCCCUGCCCCCGGCCCGGAUUGGCUCUGGUAGGGGCGGGGCCAGCGCGUUCACGGCUCCAGGCCCUUUACUCAUUGGAGGUCGCGGCGGCGCGAGCCCGGAAGCGGACGGGGGCGGAGGCGGCGGAGGCGGAGGCGGCGGCGGCGGAGCCUGAGGCGGCUGAGGCGCCCUGGACUCACCGGGUUUGCACCGGUCUCCUCGAACCUCGGCUCGUCUGGCUCCUGCCCGGCAGCCAUGCAUCCCACGCCCCCGGGCCCGUUGGGAGACUGCCUGCGGGACUGGGAGGAGCUGCAGCAGGACUUCCAGAGCAUCCAGGAGACCCACCGGCUGUACCGCUUGAAGCUGGAGGAGCUGACCAAGCUGCAGAACAAUUGUACAAGCUCCAUCACUCGGCAGAAGAAGCAGCUCCAGGAGAUGGCCCUCGUCCUAAAAAAAUGCAAACCCUCCCUCCCAGUGGAGGCCAAGGAGGCUGCUCAGGAGCUGGAGAACCAGAUCAAGGAGCGCCAAGGCCUCUUUUUUGAUAUGGAAGCCUAUUUGCCCAAGAAGAAUGGGUUGUACCUGAGCCUGGUUCUGGGCAACGUCAAUGUGACACUCCUGAGCAAGCAGGCUAAGUUUGCCUACAAAGACGAGUAUGAGAAGUUCAAGCUCUACCUCACCAUCAUCCUCAUCCUCAUCUCCUUCACCUGCCGCUUCCUCCUCAACUCCAGGGUGACAGAUGCUGCCUUCAACUUCCUGCUGGUCUGGUAUUACUGCACCCUGACCAUCCGAGAGAGCAUCCUCAUCAACAAUGGCUCCCGGAUCAAAGGCUGGUGGGUUUUCCAUCACUACGUGUCUACGUUCCUGUCGGGAGUCAUGCUGACAUGGCCCGAUGGCCUCAUGUACCAGAAGUUCCGGAACCAAUUCCUGUCCUUCUCCAUGUACCAGAGCUUUGUGCAGUUCCUCCAGUAUUACUACCAGAGUGGCUGUCUGUACCGGCUACGGGCCCUGGGCGAGAGGCACACCAUGGACCUCACUGUGGAGGGCUUCCAGUCCUGGAUGUGGCGCGGCCUCACCUUCCUGCUGCCUUUUCUUUUCUUUGGACAUUUCUGGCAGCUUUUUAACGCACUGACAUUGUUCAGCCUGGCCCGGGACCCCAAGUGCAAGGAGUGGCAGGUGAUCAUGUGCGGCUUCCCCUUCCUCCUCCUCUUCCUUGGCAAUUUCUUCACCACCCUGCGGGUCGUGCACCAGAAAUUCCAUAGUCAGCGGCAUGGGAACAAGAAAGACUGAGACUGGACUUUCCCCUGCCCACCGUCUUGGAAGGGGCUUCUGUACCUCAUGUGUUGUUUGAGGGGGAGGGUGCUCCCCUUGUCCAGGAGGGGCUCUUCUGCUCUCCCUUAGUUUUAUGGACUCUGUGGGCCCCGAAGGCUAUGUUGGAGAAGCCUGGUGUCCCAGCCUGCAGGGAUCUGGGGGCCAGAAGCCUCAAUAAAGGAAGGGAGGCACA